CACCUCUCUGCUCAGCAGAAGCUCUGUGCUGCCGUAUGAGAUCCCUGUUUCCCUCACCCACACGCUCUCACAGACACCUGCCGCUCCCGGCGUCGAAAAGGAUUUGAGAAAACCAGUUUGAUCUGUCAUACAAGACCCUGAUUCUGCAAAUAUUUAAGCUGAAACAUUCCUGAUGAAGACCUUGAAUUCUGAGAAGAUUUAAAAACAGGAAGUUUGAGCAUCAACCAUGGAUCAUAAGGCUGAGGAGAAAAGAAAGCAGCACCAUAGCUUGACUUUAUUGGAACAAGUAAAGAGAAUGAAGGAAUCAACAGAGAUAAUUGAUGUUGUCCUAGUUGCAGAAGGUGAGAAAUUCCCCUGCCAUAAGGUGGUGCUGGCUGCCUUCAGUCCCUAUUUCAAAGCCAUGUUUACCUGUGGCUUGGUUGAAUGCACGCAAAGAGAAGUGGUACUGUAUGACAUCUCUGCAGAGAGCGUGUCGGUAAUACUCGAUUACAUGUACAGUGCAGAUUUGCACCUCACUAAUCAGAACGUGCAGACUGUUGCGCUUGCUGCAUAUUUCAUGCAGAUGGAAGAUGUUUUCAGUAUAUGUCAGAAGUACAUGAUGGACCAUAUGGAUGCUUCCAACUGUGUGGGCAUCUACUACUUUGCAAAUCACAUUGGUGCAGAAGAUUUAUCUGAUCAAGCGAGGAAAUACUUAUAUCAACAUUUUGCUGAGGUGAGCUUACAGGAAGAAAUAUUAGAGAUUGAAUUCCAGCAGCUGUUGACUCUCAUAAAAUCAGAUGAUCUGAAUAUUUCCAGGGAGGAGAGCAUUCUGGACCUUGUCAUUAGAUGGGUCAAGCACAGCAGAAAGUCACGUGCAGAACAUCUUAUUGAGCUCCUGAAGCAAGUGCGACUGGUACUUGUCAGCCCUUCCUUUCUCGUGGAAGCCCGGAAAAGGAACACAAUGAUCCUGUGCAAUUCAGAAUGCAAUGAUAUGUUUGAGGAAGCACUGAAAACCAUCAAGCUAUCCAGCCACCCUUCUCUCAGCCUCCGAUACGGCAUGGAGACUACUGAUCUCUUACUCUGCAUCGGCAACAAUUCUCUUGGCAUUAGGUCAAGACACGCUAGCUAUGCAGAUGCCAGUUUUUGUUACGCUCCUGCAACACAAAAGACUUACUUCAUUUCCUCUCCAAAGUAUGGAGAGGGUUUAGGAUCUGUUUGCACUGGUGUUGUCACUGAAAAUAAUGAUAUUAUUGUGGCAGGAGAGGCAAGUGCCAUCAAGAUGUCUAGACAAAAGACUAGGAACAUCGAAAUUUAUAGAUACCACCAGCGAGGAAACCAGUUUUGGCACAGCCUGUGCACCACUCAGCUCCGUGAACUCUAUGCACUGGGCACUAUCCAUAAUGAUCUCUAUGUAAUAGGAGGGCAAAUGAAAGUGAAAAAUCAAUAUCUGGUCACAAACUGUGUGGAGAAGUAUUGCAUGGAGCAAGGCACCUGGAGAAGCACAGCACCUCUUCCAGUACCAUUAGCUUGCCAUGUGGUGGUGACAGUGAAGAAUAAGCUCUACGUGCUGGGUGGAUGGACACCACAGAUGGAUCUGCCUGACGAUGAGCCGGAUCGAUUAAGUAACAGAACGUUUCGGUAUGACCCAGGCCAAGACAAAUGGACAGAAGGCGCACCAAUGAAGUACUCCAAAUACCGCUUCAGCACAGCUGUAGUCAACAGUGAGAUUUAUGUCUUGGGAGGAAUUGGGUGCCUUGGUCGUGACAGGGGACAGACACGGAAAUGUCUUGAUGCGGUGGAGAUUUAUAACCCUGAUGGAGACUUUUGGAGGGAUGGACCUCCUAUGCCUUCUCCCCUCCUCUCCUUACGAACAAACUCUACCAGCGCAGGCUCCGUGGAAGGGAAGCUCUACCUCUGUGGAGGAUUUCGCGGAGCAGCUCGUCACGAAGUUAUCACCAAAGAGAUCCUCGAGCUGGAUACGUGGGAGAACCAGUGGAACGUGGUGGCCAUCAACGUCCUCAUGCACGACAGCUAUGAUGUUUGCCUUGUCGCUAGGCUGAACCCGCGGGAUCUUAUCCCUCCUCCCCCUGAUUUAGUGGACCAAUAGAAGUUCAGUGACUCUCAGUGCUUCCAGAUUCUGCAAAAACUGAAGAAUUUGGAGAAGCAAAUGCUGCAUUGGCUCUGGAUGACAGCUGAGUCCCAUGGAGAGGAGCUGGCAACACAUGCUUAAGGACAGAAUUGCCUUUGAGCUGCGCUUCUCAGACGAUGCUUAAUUUGCUAGUACUGGUACUCUGGACUUCUGUGAUUGAAAGCCGAGGUCGCCCAGCCUUUGUGCGUGGCUCUUGGUCUUCCAUCUGCCUGUGCAAGCUCCAGCAUUGGGUAUAGCCUGGGCUUCUGAGACCCUUUGCCUCCAGGCACGGUGGCAGCCCAGGGCUCAUUUCACAGCAGAGCAUGACAUAUGAAGGAAAGCUCUAGCCAGGGAAAUCCCUCCUUUGCUGUUCAUCCCACCUGGUUCUGCUAAGCUACCGCAGAGGCUAAGAAAUGUAUUAAGUCAGCUGAUGAAAACCAGUCCAGCUGUACCAAAGGGCCAGACUGUACUUGACUGAUGCAGGAGCAGAAGGACGACAGAGAAGAGCCUUUGUUUGUUUUAAACAAAAAAACAUUAGCCAAGGUUCAUUAGCCAAGUACACCAGCUACUGCAAACAUUAUCUAACCCACAGACAGGAGAAUCAAGAGAUCCUGUCUUUGCCAACAGAGCUGAGCCUGUGCUAGUAGGAAACUAGUCUUUUGCCAACAAGUCCCAAAUGAGUCUUCCAGCAGGGUUAGUAGGCAGCCUGUACCAAAGACAAGAAGAGUCCUAAAUUUCUCCCAUAGAUCCUACCUGUUACAAUGUCUGGUGUGACCAGAACCUUGAAGUUCAGUUAGAAAACCCUCUUCCUUUGAGAGAUGGAGAAGGGGUUCUAAACUAAAGAGUAAUAAAUGAGACCAGUAUUAUCUACAUAUCAGCUCUGCAGCUACAGGGAAAGGAUAGAUGUGCUAAACAAUAAAUGUUUAUAUAACAGUAGCUGUUUUUAUAGAAGUAGCUUUAAUGAAGUAGCGUAAGGUAAAUUCUCUACCAACAGAAUGGGCUAUAAUCACAGGGAAGAGGAAUAAUUCAAACAGUGUUUCUUAAGGCACUGUUAGCCUUUAUAGGGCUUGAAGACAGUAGGUUAGAGAGAAAAUUGUUACCAGUACUGCUAUCCCAUUUGAAUUACCAAUAACUAUUCAUUAGUUCUCUGGUGCCUACCUUGGAGUGUAUCUGUCUGUCACUGCCUGGGCAGUAUGGACAAGAGAACUGGAAAUCUCAGUUGUGCUCUUGGGCCAAAAUUGCAAAUGAUAGUAUGCUGCAAUGCAGAGUGAAGGUCAGAGGCAAACACUAAGAGUAAACUAUGAUAUAGUACAAGAAUGAUCAUUGUCAGCAAGAAGUUGCUUUUGAUGGCUACAAAAGCAGCAACAAAACUGAAAGGAAAUAAUUGGCAAAGAAAUGAGGGAAUCCAUCAGGUAGUUCAUCUGUAGUUACUUGCAGGAUUUGCGCUUCAGAGCAUCUCCAUUUUCUUUUUCAAUUGCAUUUUAGGCUGCAAAAAUGCCAGCUGGUUUCGUUUGUUGGUUUUUUUUUUUUCUUGUCUGCAAUGCUUAUGGCAGAGAGAGAUGGAGAGGGUGACCCAAAAGCCCUUUCCCAAUUCUGACUUUUCAGAUUCAUGAACUCUAAAAUAUCCAGUGGGCAUAGUAAGCUGUCAUAUAAAAACAAUUAGCAGGAAGGUCACUAAAGUUUACCUGAUAACUGUAGUAGGACACUGAGGACUGCUCAGACAAUAAGGGAUUUGGUGGGGGAGAAACUAAGGAAAACAUGUAGAAAAGCAGUAAAUCUAUAAGCCUUACAGCUAAUCUCUUCUCUCCCUUUAUGUUUCCCAAGCAGAAUGAGUGUCACAGCCUAAACACAUACUGUUGUGUUUGUAUCAUUUCUGUAUCAUCCAGUCAUUCUUUUUUCUUUCCAUUGUUCAUAUGUAGGUCAUCAUCUGUCUAGAACAGAGCAUGAACUUCAGUGGUACAAAUCAGUGACCGGUUCCUAAGGGCACCUUAACCACUCUGGUUGCUAAAUGCAGUUGUAGGUGUUAGAUCAAGGAGGCAAACUCUGCUUUAAUAUGUUUUUAAACAAAAUCAGUAGAAAGUUCUUCCAAUUAACCAUCCAAUAUUGGAAACUCUUUUUUUAACUUUUGUUGUUACUGCAAAGUAAAGUUAAUCUUGUUCUAAUUUCUCUACAGAGCUCUCAAGGCAGCUGGAAGCAAUGCUCUUGAGCAUCAGUUAAGUGUUUCCUUGUGAAAUUCCAAAUUCUGCAACUGUAUCUACUGAUUUUGCUUCUUUCACCUUUUUUGUUUUAAGGAAGAAUGUUUUCCAGUUUUUUUUGUCUUUGGUCUCUGCUCUGUGGUCUAUCCCUGACAAUUCAAAUCCUCCUGCGGUUUAAAGCCUGAGUUAAUCUACUGGAUUUCACUCUCUGAAAGACAGUCUACUUGGAAUAUUUCAAGGGGAGAAGGGAGACUUUUGCAGGCUUUCAUUAAUCAUAUUUGAACAUAUAUGUGGAACACGGCUGAGACUCCUCUAUUAAACUUUUAUUCUAGUAGUGAGCUGGCUGUUUCUUUCCCACUUCAUAUGUUUUGCUUUUUAGACUGAUAUUUAAUGAGCUGGAUGAAAGGAAAUUAUGUACUCUGAGAAGGUCUGUCUUGAUAACCAAGGGGAGUAAUUGCAUAUGUUUUAUAUACUGGCCUUGCAAUCAGCUAGCUUGAGCUGUAGUGGGCAGUUAACAGGUUUUUCUUCAUGCGCCACUGGCAAGUGAUCUGCCCUUGUGUGCACUGAGCAUCACGUUUCCUGCUGCCCAUGGGGUCUGACUGUUAGUGGGGACUCGUGUGUCCGUGUCUCUCAGUUUCUGCCCAAGUCCGAAAGUCCAGCACUAUAUACCAAGUAAGGAAUUGUCGUCUUCUGGAUUAACUAUCUAGAAUGGGGGCACUAACUUCUUAAUAUUGUGUGGGCCCGAUGUAGUUCAUGGUUUGCCCUUGGGGUGACUACAAUUUCUAAUCCAAUACUUGGAAAUGAAAGUUUGACUGAGGAAGGAAGGAAGAAGCAGAAAGCAUGCUUAUUGAGAGGUAUAGAUCUCAGCCAAAAUCCUUCUGAGAGUAUAUGAAUAUUGCAUGUCUGAUGUGUCCAUGGGUAGUCUCACAUUGCUGGGAAAGUCCUUAAGAGUCUUAAUUUCUGCUAUUACAAAUCCUGAUGAAAAAAAAAAUUACAGAAUAUGCAUUCUCCAAGCUUGUGAGUUUCACUGAAAUAAUAGUUUCCUUCAGCCCCUUUCCGUCUGAGCAGUAGUUAGCUGAGCUUUUAAUCAAGGCUGUCUUGACAUCAUCCAUAAUUCUAAAAUGCAAACAAAGCAGCACUGGCAAGCUACUAUUUAAAUGAAUGGGGGGAUUAUUAAGCAAAGGCAUACACCAGUUUCACUUGAAACGCUGAAGUACAUCAGUAGUUGCCAAAUAUGAAGAAAAAUGUUGGAGAGGUAGCUGGUCACGUGGCACACAGGGAGUAAAGCAAAAAAUGAAAUGCUAUAAAAAGCUAAUUGAAGCUCUCCAUUUUUAUCCCCAGCCAAUGUUUUAUUUUGAAAUUGUCCAUGUAUAACUGAUUUCAUAAGGAUCCUUGUAGGUAUCUCAUCUCUGUUUUCAUACAUGUGGUCAUAGGAACUGCCCACAUAUGUAAACCAUCCGGCAGCUGACUACCAACCCUUACAUACCACUACUGUGAUUGCCUGUGGCUCAGUCCCUGCCCGUGCCAGCAAACACACACAUGCAUUCUGUGUGUGUGCGAUAUUGAAAUUUAUGGAGCAGUUUCUGUAUUGUGUUCCAGCUGUAUUGUGCCACUCAGGAAGCCUUGAUUUGCCAACAGAAAAUUGCUGUGGUGCACACAGAGCUGUCAGCUUCUCUACCAGCACUCCCAAAUAUGCUCCAGGUAAGAAGCUGAGAGAGUGUGAAAACCAAGAGACCAGCAACAGAGAUGAGAGCUGCUCCCAGAAUUUUACAACAUGCAGUAGAGCCAAGGUGGGGUGGAAAAAUCCUCCCUAUCUCUUCCUAGGGACGGUUCAGGUGUAAAAGGCUCUGGCCCUGGAUCCUCAUCUUAUAUUUUUUCCUCUACUUGGAAUGUGUACUGAGAUCCUUGAUUACCUGAAAAGCAAUGAAAGCAAAUGCUAUAAUAAUUUUUUUUAAUGUUAAAAUAUAUUCGUGAAGACCUAUAUUGUUUUUCUGCUGAUCUAGAAGACAAUGACAUUCUUUUAUUAAGCUGUUUACCUAGUGAUUGCUAUCUUAGCUACAGUGAUGGUCUCUUUCACAGGCUGCUUUCCUAAUGGAUUAUGUAGCUCCUCUGAAAAUUUGUUUCAUGAAUCACAAUGCUUUGAAUCACCAGGUGAGAAUUUCAGUUACUCUUUUGCAAAUUUCUGUGGCUCUCCCUACAGCUUUUCAAGUGGACUCUAGCUUCAGCUUCAAAGAAAAGCUAUUUCACCCCCAGUUGUGCUCAGCUGGAACCAGUACAUUUGCAAUUUACUAUCAUUUGACGUACAGAGGUUGAAAGCAAAGGAAAUAUUGGAAAAUGGCUAAAAUAUACAUAGACUGUAUGCAGAAGUACACUUUCCUUCUUUCUUGGUGAAUGUCUCCUCUGUGUUUACUGCCCUGGCCAGGUGUCUGACGGAAUGAUUUACUAAUAACCUAUGAUUGCAGCCAUAGUGAAGGCCACGCUGGGGCUACAUAUUUGUGCUCCCAGAGCAGAGAGAACCAGCAUGGUGUAGAGCUGUGGCUCCUGACAGGCUGGCCUGCCUUGCCAUAAGAAAUUACCUUCAAACGAAAAUGCAUUUAAGUGUUCCAGAGUGUAUACGCCUAUGUUUUAUAUACACAUGUAUAACAUUAUUUUUAGAAGUCCUUUACUGACAGCAGUAAGAUCCUUUUUUUAACACAUACCUGGCAACUCUGUCUUCCGCAUAGCUCAUCAAAGUACUUCAAAAAAAGUGCUGGUCUUUAAAUGUAUGGAACUAUUCCAGGCUUCAAGUUAAAAAGAACCUUAAAUACCUUGCUGAGCUAAGGAACAACUGGGGAAAUCUUUUAGUCCUCACCUAUGUCUCCUUCCUUCAAUUUUUUUGCUGGUUCUAGCACUCCCCUCAGAAGCUCAGAGUCCUCUUGAAAGCUUUGUGCAAAUCUGUUCUGUUUCUCUUCCCCUAAGCCCAUUUCUGCCUCAGCCCCUUUGUCCGACCAGCCCUUAAACUCCUCCUUUUCCCCUUCAGUUCCCCAGAAGAUGGGAACAGCCACUCAGGGUGUUCCCCAGGCUCCAGACUCCUCAGAAGCCUAUCGCUCCAGCAACAAAUCAGCUUUGAAGGACAGAAGGAAGGCCAUACCAGCUCCCUGGAUUUGAGGACACUCAUCUUCGAGCAGGUUCUAGCCCCAAUACAAAUUCUGUGGUUCAGUCUCAUUGCAAAUAAAACCUGCCUGCUCUGCAAUGUCGCUGGUCCUCUGGCUAUGACCAGGGUUGGAAGGCAGGUGACCUGCAUUCUACUUAGUCUUGCACUGUCUCGCUGCGUGAUGCUAGUAAGUUUGACAUUAAAUGCCUUGCAUACUGUGCUUGCCAUAGCUGUAAUGAUUGCAGGCACAAACCAUUAUCAUUAUCUCUGAUUCCCGAACACUAGUUGCUACAAAAACUGCCUGAAGCACAGAGGGAGGCAUCUUCAUUAUUGCAUUAUAUAGCUCACGUCUUAAAGCCAGAUUUUCUCCUGCAGUUUCAGUCAGGCCAGGUUUCACUAAUGAACCUGGUCUCUAAUUUAUCAGGUUUUAGCAUUGGUAUUUUUUCUCCACUUUGUCCUUUUCUAGUCAUUCUUUACAAGAAUGCAAGUGACUUCACCAGUUUUUCUACAAAAUGCAUUAUCCAAACUGGCCUCCCGAGGCCACUGGCUUUUCAUUAUCAGGGUCGAAGUACAGCCACUAAAGUGCCAGUCAGCUGCACUGCUUUAUUUUCUCAUUCAGCAGCUUCAUAGUAGAGGAAAUGUAUUUCAUCCAUACAUACAGUAAUGUGAGAGGAAACCACUUCCCACAUACACAAAUUCCUGACUCAUUCCUUUCAAAUGUGGCUGAAAAAACUGCUGAAACCUAACAUAAAAAGCUAUCAUACCCAUUCAAUAGGCUUUUCCAGGCUUUUCCAGUAUGAGGAGGAGGAUCACAGGGAGCUGUCUUGUAACUAGAGCACAGAUUGGAAAUUUGAACCUCUGGGGUUUGUUUCCAGUUCAAUUACUCUGUUUAGUAGUCUUGGGCAUCUGGUCU